GGACGGACCACGAACCGGAACUAAUGUAAGCUCGCACACACAGUCGAGACCCUUCCGCGGACGGCUACCUGCCAUUUGGUCACAAUGUCUGUUAAACUAAACGCAUUGAUUAGCGAUUCUUACGUUGAUGUUAGUCAAUACAGAGACCAACAUUUUAAGGGUAACCGCUAUGAUCAGGAGAAGCUGCUGAAGCAGAGCCACACUCUGUAUGUUGGAAAUCUCUCCUUUUAUUCCACCGAGGACCAGGUACACGAGAUAUUUUCUAAAAGUGGAGACGUCAAGCGCAUCGUCAUCGGCUUGGACAAAGUCAAGAAGACAGCCUGUGGAUUCUGCUUUGUAGAAUACUACACACGCACAGGUGCAGAAAAUGCCAUGCGCUUCAUCAAUGGCACCCGGCUGGACGACCGUAUCAUCAGGACAGACUGGGACGCCGGCUUCAAGGAGGGACGGCAGUACGGCCGUGGCAAAUCAGGAGGACAGGUGAGAGAUGAGUACAGGCAGGACUACGACCCAGCCAGAGGCGGCUACGGUAAGCUGGCUGCGCAGCAUCGACCCGGAGAGGCACGUAACAGUUUCUAGAUUGAACCCCACCACAGCAGUCUGCCUGGACUACACAGAGCCCCUCCCUCAGUCCUGGACAAGAUGAAUUUUCUCCAACGAGGCCUCUACAUGCUACCACUGAUACUUUGUUCCAGUGUUACCAUUAAAACUCUACAGCAGGUCUGCAUGGACCGCUGGACCCCGACCUGUAGUGUGAUAUUUACUGAAGCUUUCAUUAUCCCGCGCAUAAUCUCUAUAAAUAGAUACUGCAUAAAUGUGUAGAAUCUGUAGGCAACCGGACAAGAUUUGAUCGGACACGUCAUCUCUCAACUCCCAACUCCAGUUUUGCAUCUCAAGUUGCUAAUCGGACUGAAAGCAAUGAGCAGCGCACAGUAAAGGAAGUUCUGGCCUGGAUAUCCGCUGGCUGCACCACAACCCCAGAAGUAUAGCCCCUUGCCCCCAGAGGAUUAUCUGUAUUCAGUCUGCUGGGUACCAAGUUUGUCCUCCUCAUAUAGACAAACCAUCAAUUUCCCUACAGGCUGGCAAAGGUUCUGAUAGCAUGUUGUGUCUGAGUUGAUGAUGUAUCAAAUAUCAAGACAAAGUGAUCAUAUUGACUCUCCAUGUCUGUUAAAAUGAUACUCUGCUGAAGUAAUAGCAAGAAGCAUUCUGUUAUUUUACUGAUUUCCAUGAAUGAAACUUUGUGUCCUUAAUUGGGUAUACUUUUUUAAAUAAAGUUUUUUUUUUUUUGUUCUAAUCUG